GUGGAGGAGGAGGACGAGGAGGUGGAAGACGAGGAGGUGGUGGAAGAGGACAUGGAGGAGGAGGAGGAGGAAACGAUGGAGGCGUUGUUUGUGCCGGGAGUCGCCUUCAAAUACAAACACAGGACCAUCGACCUGGCAGCCAUUGCAAAAAGAACUCAAACCAACGCUGCAUCUUCACCUCGGCGGACGCAAGAGUCCAGCAGCUCGUCGGACUUGAACGACGCCUGGAGCGCGCUCUGCUGCUCUUUCUGCGAGAAAAUCUUCCCCACUCGGAGGGGCCUGAAGUCCCACCUCCUCAUCCACACCGGCGAGCGGCCCUUCCAGUGCUCCGAGUGCGGCAAAAGCUUCAAAAUGGAGUACCAACUCAAGAUGCACGCCACCACUCACGCCGGCGAGAAGCCGCACUCCUGCGACGUGUGCGGCCGCCGCUUCAACCUGCUGCCGAACCUGCGCCGCCACGCCCUCACGCACACCGGCGAGAAGCCCUUCAUGUGCAGCGAGUGCGGGAAAGGAUUCACGCGCGCCGCCACGCUCAGAACGCACCAGUUCAUCCACACCGGCCAGAAGCCCUUAGAGUGCGACCAGUGCCCCAAGACGUUCCGGCACGCCAUCAACCUGCGCAACCACCUGAUGAUCCACAGCGGCGUGCGACCCUUCGCCUGCGAGCUCUGCGGGAAGAGCUUCCGGCAGUCGGGGCACCUGAAGAUCCACCGCUGCGUCACCGGCGAGGGGCCCACGGCCGAGCAGCCCUUCACCUGCAUGGAGUGCGGGAAGAGCUUCUCGCAGCCGAUAAACCUGAAGAUCCACUGGCGCACCCACACCGGCGAGCGGCCCUACAGCUGCCGCCAGUGCGGGAAGACGUUCACCCAAAAGAGCAGCUUAAACACUCACAGCCACACGCACGCCACGGAGCGGCCGUUCGCCUGCAGCUACUGCGACAAGACCUUCAACCAGGCCUACACCCUCAAGCUGCACGAGCGCGUGCACACCGGGGAAAAGCCGUACGCCUGCGACCUCUGCGACAAGAGCUUCAUCCGGGGCCACCAGCUGCGCACGCACCAGAGGAACGUGCACUCCGGCGGCAAGCCGUACACCUGCGACCGCUGCGGCAAAGGAUACGCCAGCCAGUGCAACCUGAAGAUGCACAAGUGCCGCUACCCCUGAAGGGCGACCGAUCCGUGGAGACGGCUCCGCCCACAUCAGCAGAGAUGGAAAUGUGAAUCAAAGCAAAGGACAUCUGUCCAGCACUAGUCACAUGACCUAUGAUGUCACCGCCUCCUAGGAACAGGAAGUUCUGCAAAAGUCUGAUGCUGAAAAGAUGGAUUCCAGCGUCGUGUUUCUGCAGGAAUGAAACCAUUUCAAAAACAUUUUUAAAUGUGUUUUUGUUCUUUUUUUAAGUGCUAUGGUGAAGUUCACGUUUAUGAGCUCUUAUUCCAAAGCAAAUAUGAAUGUUAGAAAAAAUUCUAAACUGAUGUUAGACUCAAUGUUCACAUAGAAGUUUCAGUUUUUGGACUUUAUAUGUUUCAGUUUAAAUAAAAGUUUAACAAAA